CAACUUUCUAACUUUCUUUAUUCACGGAGCAGAUGAGAUAAAGCUCACUGCCAAACGCCAACAUUUUCCCAACAAAUUCCCUUCCUUCUUCCUCUUUGCAACUUCAUAUAUAGAUCAGCAUCUGGUCAAUCUUUAUCACCAUAUUAAACAAAAAAAAUACAUUUCCCUAUUUUCAUAUUCCAAGAACUAUAUCUUUCAAAAAAAAAUCUAAGAACAACAAAAGAUCCGAUUUUUCAUUUUUUCCAGAACUUCCGGUGAACUUUCUGACGGUUCUUGAAAAUGGAUUUCUAUGGCUAUCAGGGCGUCGGCAAGUCCCACUACCCUUCUUUCUAUGGCUACAACCCUUCCACACCGUACGAUCAUAACCCGAUUUCAUACCCUUCCCCAAAUUUGGUAGAAAACAGCCCGAAUUAUUAUAGCAGUAAUUAUUAUCACGAUUAUGCUGGAUAUAGUUAUGAUCCGCAGCCACAAGUGAAUUACUCUGUUCAAAAUUCCAGUAAUUCAAAGCUGAUCCAGUGGGAUGGUCCAGAAGAUGAAGAGGACACUGAUUUUGAUGAGUAUGAUCCAGACCCGUAUAGCGGUGGCUAUGAUAUUUCCCAAACCUAUGGAAAAGCCCUUCCGCCGUCAGAUCGUAUCUGUUACCCUCGCUCCACCGCAUCUUCACCGGAGAAUGAAAUCGGGAAAGUGGUUUCCGGGGACAGGGGCAGAGUCGCCGUUGACUUUGGAAGAUCGGAUGAUCUGAACAAGGGUAUUAGUGGAAAUACAUCAGAAUACCAAGCGGCAAAUGGUCAUUACUAUGGAUCUGGUUUGGAGAGUGUGGAUGUAUGUGGGGGCAUGUUUGGGUAUUGGCCUUGUUGGGAGAAAUACCAGAGGAACAAUGGGAAAGGGAACAAUUAUGGAGGAGGAGGAGGGAGUGAUCAAGGAAUUAGCAGUCCAUGGAGUUAUUGUCCAGCAGCAGAUUAUCUGUUUGGCAGUGCCUAUGGAUAUGGUGGUGGAGAUGAGGCAAGAGGACAAGGAUUUGGGGGUUUCAGUUAUGGAGGUUAUUAUCAAGAAUAACAUGCAUUUUUUUGCAAGAUCAUUCUAAACUUUUUUUUAUAAUAUCUGUUCAUAACAUUAUGUACACCAUGUAUAGUUACAUGUAUAGUUGGAUAGAUAAUCUUUCAUGUCUAGUCGGCCUGACGGGAACUGUCGUCCGACCGAGGGCUAUUUGGGCACUUCUCAGUAGAAUUUUUUUAUGAAAUAUUUUGAGCAUUAUCUUC